AUGGUGAGGCUGCCGCAGAGUGUCGAAUUGGGCAUCAGUGAAAUCAAUAUUUGUCCAGUCCGACCGUUUUCCGGACUCCCUACACCCCCCCACCUCCACGGAAGCCUGAAGCGAUCGUACGGAGACGUCGGCCCGGUCGGCUGCACGCACCCGGAAGGACCGGCAGCUCCGUCCCACCCAGCUGCCGCUGCUCAGGCGGCAAACUUCCCCGGUAUUAGCGCGUCCCGCCAUGCGGGCAGCCGGGGUCUGAACCCCGCUAGAUCAGCCGCGGCCGCUGCCGACCAGCUCAUUGCGGGCUUUAUGCGACGGCACAGCGACACGGCAACCAUCUGCACCACGCUUUCUAGGCUAGCUUCCAUUCCCAGAAGCCUAGUGCAAAUCUGGCACAGUAGCCUUGCGACACCUCAAAUUAAUGCGUAG